AUGCUGGCGCUAGCAAGUUUCAUUAUUGUUACCACACAUAAUUUCCACAAUACUGAUGCUGCUGCUGCUCAACUUGAUGAAAAAGAUAUGCAACCUAUCAUUUUCCCGGGUCCUAUUGAAGGUGAUGAUUUAAAAUAUGGAACAGAUGAUGUUCCAGAUGAAUGCAAAGAUAAAACAUACUGCACUGUUAAGCCUCCUGACUAUCCAGAAGAAAUGUUCAAUAAAAUGUUCAAAGGCCUGAAAGCAGUUUCCCCACCAUCCCUAGUUCUGGACUCGACAAUUUCAAAUCGUCAAGGAGAUCCGGACGAAAGAGACGAUUGCGAAAGUGAAGUAACGUACGAACCUUUGUAUAAAGUGCGCCCAAAGGAGGACGAACCGUGGCGAAUUGUUGUUCAAGUACCAGAAGAAAACUAUGUCCAAAGAGUUCGAUUGGAGAGAUGCACGAACCCAGACGCACCAUGCUUCAAUAUUUUUCCACCAACCUCAGACAUCACGACUUUCUGCAAACAGAAAUACAACAAAUGGGAAGUGCUGGUAGCGAAAGGCGAAAAUGAGACUGAGAAGAUUAAGGUUGAACUACCAGUCUGCUGCUCUUGUCAUUACAAAUCAGCGCCUAUAGAGACCAGGUUUGGCGUUAUGAGUAACAUGACCCCCAUAAAGAAACCAUAA